AUGCAAGAAGUGUAUGAUCUUAGAGUGAAAGACCUAUUGCUUCCGAAUUCAAAGCACUGGGAUAUUAGUAAGGUGCGUAGUACUUUAGAUCAUCUCGGGGCUGAUCUUGUUCUUAAAGUUCCAUUAAUGGAAGAUGUUGUGGAGGAUAGGUUGAUUUGGCAAGAAGAGACGAACAGGGAGUAUAGUGUGAAGUCGGGGUAUAGGGUGUGGCGUAAGAUGCAAAGUAGUAGUUUUGGCAAGAACGGUGUGGAAGGAAACUGGAAUGCCCUUUGGAACAUAACUGCACCUCCUAGAGCUAAACAAUUAUUUCGAGAGGAUAAUAGAGAUGCAGGUAGACUUGCCGUGAUGUUAUAUAAUCUUAGAAGGAGUAGGAAUAAGGUGGUUUGGCAGGACACUGGAGAGGAUGCUUCUAGCAUUGGGGUGAAGUGUAAUGUCGAUGCGGGUUUCAGUAAUAUUUGUGGUACCACAAACAGAGGUUGGUGUUUCAGGGAUCAUUUAGGGAGAUUCCAAAUUGCAGGUGUGGCGUGGGAUGAGGGGUUCUUAUCGGUCAUGGAGGCUGAAGCCAUGGCUUUGAAGGAAGCGGUCCAGAAGGCUAUCUCUCUUCAUUUAUUGCAUGUUGUCUUUGAGAGUGAUUGCCAAAGUGUAGUCCAUGCUGUUUACUCUAAAUAG